AUGCCCCAUUUCGAACGCGUCCUCGAGAUACCCGGAUGGAGGGAGAAUGUGGAAAAGGCGGGCGUUGUCACCCGUGUACUUCGUCUCGGGUUCUACUUCAUUCGUCGGGUCCUGACUCCUGAGGCGGGCCUAGCAUACCCUGGGCUCGCUGGUUCCCCUGGCUUUCUCUCAGCCUGUAGAUGUUUGACAGAAAUCGCCACUCGCCACUCGCCACUCGCACCUUGUCAUUUCGUUCUGCCGUUACUUGUGUCGACGCGACCCUGCAACCCUGGUGCUGCGCAUACGAGCAGCGGAUGUUUUCAGAUGUUUUCGAACGUUGCUGCAAGCUCGGUGUUGAAGCGGGUAUCAAGUACUACGUGCCCUGACGUCGUCUACCCCCUUGACUAUUUCCUCCUUUAUCUGUCUUCUGCGUGCUCUGUAGCGGGCACACACGCACACGAACAAGGUGAAUGCACACGUUGGUCGUUGGUCGAAUUCAAACCUUGGAUCUCGAGAGGUUGGUAUAUCAGUCUAGAAGCCUCGAACCUCAAGUUGGACUCGGAGUGUAGGCUCGUCUCGACGACGGACUCCAUUGCUUCCUAA